AUGAAUGCGAUCCUUCUGAAGCAUCGCGAGCUUUGCAGCUGCGAUUUGGAGAUCUGGCACUUCAUUCUCUCUUGCCUCCAGAUCUGUGCGGCACCAGGCUUCUUCACCUUACCGAGUGCUCUGCCUGCCUGCUCAACUCGCCAUAGACGGAAAACUCGAAAGAUCAGCAUCCAUCAGGUGAGAAGAAGCGAAUGCAGUGCUGUGUCGGGCCAUCAUUGUCCCUGCACGAAUGCCCUACAGGUUCCCACCAUGCUGUGGGAGAUGUCAUGUGUGCUGAUCUUCUUGUUGGCUCGCCUGUCGAGUGGUGGUGCAUUCAUUAUUGCCCCAUCUGUCAACGCCCUGAGCGACGCCACGCCCUUUCUGGGACUCAGAGUGGGCACCUCACUGACAGACAGAUCUGGAUUGACGCUGACAUUGGUUGGAUGUGUGCUGAGCUGACUGCGGUGUGGGUGGUGGCUGUGCGUGCAGAGGUCCGGCCGCAGGAGCAUCAAGAUGUCCUCUCAUCUGCACUACGUGUCGCCGCUUAAAGAAGUGCCAACGGUACGGACGCGUGAACCCCUCCCCGCCCCCUCCACACACACACACACACACACAGCCAAAAGGUUUGCGCAUCGACCGCAUGGUUUGGUGUGUCUGUGUGUGUCUGUGUGUCUGUGUGUGUCUGUGUGUGUGUGUGUGGUGAGUGCAGCACCCUGACGAGUCGUUCCGGCAGCGUUGGGAGGAGGUCAUCUACAGUGAGCAAGACCGCAUUUGCGAGGCCAUUGCGGCGGUGGACGGGACGGCCUUCAAGGAGGACUCAUGGCAGCGGGGCGACAAGGGCGGCGGCGGCCGCACACGAGUCCUUCAGGGCGGCAAGGUGUUCGAAAAGGGCGGCGUCAACGUCAGUGUGGUGUACGGGAAGCUGCCGCCGUCGGCCGCCCAGCAGAUGACCAGCCGGGGCCACAAGGACGUGGCGGGCGAUGUGCCCCUCAAGUUCUAUGCGGCGGGGCUCAGCCUGGUCAUACACCCACACAACCCCAUGGCACCCACCGUACACGCCAACUACAGAUUCUUCCAAGUGAGCCACACAAGACAGACAGACAGACAGACAAAUGGAGGGAUGGAGGGACGGACGGACGGGCAGAUCAGGGGAGGGAGAGGAAUACGGAAGGGAGAUGAGCAGAAGGCAGACAGCCAAGGGCGGAGAAAGUGUCGUGUCUUGCUGGUCUUGCUGUUGUGGUGUUGCCGUCUGCAAUUUGUUAAAUCAGCUGUUUAAUGCGGACACUGGUGAGCCGAUCACGUGGUGGUUCGGCGGUGGAUCUGACCUGACGCCCUCUUACCUGGUGGAGGAGGAUGCCGUCCACUUUCACCAGACGCUCAAGGACGCCUGCGACAAGCACGACCCCACUUACUACGCCAGGUUUAAGAAAUGGUACGUACAGUUGCGUGGCGCUGCUGACACACCAUCACAGGCAGAACAGACUACCAGUGGUAUCAUUCCUUCAUGUGCAGGUGCGACGAGUAUUUCCUGCUGCAGCACCGCGGCGAGACUCGCGGGGUGGGGGGGAUAUUCUUCGAUGACCUCAACGAGAGCGGCGACCCCGAGAAGAGCUUGGCCUUCGCCCGUGACGCCCUGCACUGCUUCGUCGACGGCUAUGUGCCGCUGGUUGAGAGGCACAAGGACGACCCCUACACGGACGAACAGAAGGCCUGGCAGCAGCUGAGGCGGGGGCGGUAUGUGGAGUUCAACCUCCUCUUCGACAGAGGCACCAAGUUCGGCCUGCAGACUCCCAACUCAAGUCAGCGUCAUGAUACACACACGGCAAGGAAGGCACCUUUGUGUGUGUGUGCAGGGAUAGAGUCGAUCUUGAUGUCGCUGCCGCUGACGGCUCGUUGGGAGUAUCAGCACAUCCCGGCGGAUGACUCGUGGGAGGGCAGGACCCUCGCCGUCCUCAAGAAGCCCGUCGACUGGAUCCCGCUGCAAGGCACACAAGAGGAGAAGGAACAGAGGGAACUCACCACUGCUGCCUCGUGA